CUUACCACCCUUUUCUCCCUCAUAGCCUUUCUCUGCUUUUUACAUUACCAUCUCUUUCUCAUAAUCAAGAUCAACUGCCACAAAGAAACGUACAUAUAAAACAAGCUAGCACCCUCUUCCACUCAUUGGUAAAUGGUGGAACUAAGUGCUGAAAGCCAAGAUUAUAACAUGAAGGAGAUUUAGUUGUCAGGGGUUGGAAAGGGCAUCCUUGUGAUUCAUUGGCUUGAAGACUGUAAUAUUACUGUGAAGUUCUUUGACAGAGACCCCUUUUGAGUCAUGAAGCAAAAAACGCCAUCUUCACCGACCACUGCAAGAAGUGUCUUGAAGAAGCAAGGUCACAAGUCCCUGCAGAGUCCUCCACCACCACCACCACCACGCCUCAGAGCUUCUUCUAAGGCUCCAAAGUCACCGCCAGAGGUUGUAAACAGGGAAUCCAUUUCAUCAACGAGAGCUGAGUCAGUGCCUCCAGACUUGAAGAACGUUUCAAGGGCUAAAAGGGGUGUCGUGGUGAACAAGCCUAAGUUGAAUGAAGAGGUUUUGGGGUCUCAAAAAGCUGAAGAGGGUAAGAUUGUUAUUGUUGCUAGGCCACGGCGAAGGGUUGGGGAUUUUGGUUCGAGGAAGAGUGAAGAUGAUGACUCUCAUGGAAAGAAGAAGAAGGAGUUGUUGCAGGAGAAGCUUGAGGUGAGUGAGAAUUUGAUCAAGAGUUUGCAAUCUGAGGUGCUGGCAUUGAGGGAGGAAUUGGAUAGAGUUAAGAGCUUGAAUGUGGAGCUUGAGUCUCAGAACACAAAGCUCACUCAGAAUCUUGCUGCUGCUGAAGCUAAGAUAUCAAAUGUUGGCAUUGGCAACAAUGGAAAGAAGGAGCCAAUUGGAGAACACCGGAGUCCCAAAUUUAAAGAUAUACAGAAACUCAUUGCUGAAAAAUUGGAACGGUCUAGAGUAAAAAAGGAAGGUACUCCUGAAAUAAUUUUUGCUAAAGCAUCAAUCUCAGCUCCAACACCAAGUUAUGCCGUUCCUGAAACUAUAAGUGUAGGAAGAAAAUCUCCACCCAAUACAUGCCUGCAGCCACCUCCACCGCCGCCACCACCAAUUACAAGUGUAGGAAGAAAUUCUCCAUCCAACACAUGCCUGCAGCCGCCACCGCCACCGCCGCCACCGCCAAUUCCAACUCCGCCUUUGGCAAGAUUAGCUAACACCCAAAAGGCCCCUACCAUUGUUGAACUAUUUCACUCCUUAAAGAAUAAGGAUGGGAAGAUAGACUCAAAAGGAUCAGUGAAUCAUCAGAGACCAGUAGUUAUUAGUGCACACAGUAGCAUUGUUGGAGAAAUUCAGAACCGUUCAGCUCAUCUUCUAGCAAUAAGGGCAGACAUUGAAACAAAAGGAGAAUUCAUUAAUGACCUUAUUAAAAAAGUAGUAGAUGCAGCCUUCACGGAUAUUGAAGAGGUCCUAAAGUUUGUUGAUUGGCUUGAUGGCAAAUUAUCAUCAUUGGCUGAUGAGUGUGCCGUCUUGAAGCAUUUUAAGUGGCCAGAGAAGAAAGCUGAUGCAAUGAGAGAGGCUGCAGUUGAGUAUCAUGAGCUUAAAAUGUUAGAACAGGAGAUUUCUUCCUACAAGGAUGACCCUGACAUUCCAUGCGGAGCUGCCUUAAAAAAGAUGGCCAGCCUAUUAGACAAGUCUGAGCGGAGCAUACAGAGGCUAAUCAAGCUACGGAGUUCAGUCACACAUUCAUAUCAAAUGUACAACAUUCCAACAGCAUGGAUGCUUGAUUCUGGAAUAAUGAGCAAGACGAGUAACAUACCAUCGAUGCAGAUAAAGCAGGCUUCCAUGACUCUGGUCAAGACGUACAUGAAAAGAGUGACAAUGGAGCUUGAAUCCAUUCGGAAUUCAGACAGAGAAUCCAUUCAAGAUUCUCUUCUGCUUCAGGGCGUGCAUUUUGCAUAUAGGGCUCAUCAGUUUACUGGAGGAUUAGACUCAGAAACAAUGUGUGCUUUUGAAGAGAUAAGGCAACGUGUACCAGGAAACCUAACAGGGUCUCGAGAACUUUUGGCUGGCAUACCAUAAUCAUGAGAAACCACUGAUUUUUUUAUGCUGCUACUAAUGGUUACAAAAGCUGGCUAUUACACAUUCACUAUUCUUUUUCUUAUCUCCAAUGUCAUUGCUUGGUAGACACUGAACCCCUCUUAAGAAAUAUCGAAGAGCAUAAAGAGAUUCUGAAGAAAGAAUACUUCAUAGUAAGGUCAUAAAGUGGCGGCUCUAAACAUGUCAUAACCUAGGAAUAGGAUCUUCAGUUCAGGGUAGUUUAAUUUCAACAGUUAAUUUUGUUAGGUGGUUCUUUCUAGUGCUGUAACAAACAACAUAAGUAGCUUAAUUUGCCGUUUGUAAGUACAUAUGAUUAACGUUUACCCAGUUACUUUAUUGAUUUAACGGUCAUGUUCAAUGUGUAGAGCUUGGGGAAAACAUUUUGAAGCGAUUUCUACCGUGUUCUACAAGGCAAUUCGGUUCUUUAUUCAAGAAGGAAAGGUUAAUUGGAAAAGUUAAUCUUGUUUUGUGCC